CACCGCCUCUCGGGCUCGGGGAGGGGGCGGGGCGUGCCAGCAAGAUGGCGCCGUCCAUGCUUCUGCGCCCGCUCUCCCGGCUGCUGGCCCCGGCCAGGCUCUCCAGCGGCUCUUCAGCACGGUCGAAGUUCUACGUGCGGGACCCGCCGGUUGACAAACCUAACUGGCUGAAAGUGGGCCUGACCGUGGGCACCACCGCCUUCCUUUGGUGCUAUCUCAUCAAACAACAUCAUGAAGAUGUUUUAGAAUAUAAAAGAAGAAAUGGGUUGGAAUAAACUUUGGAAGUACUUAUAUAACAGGUCUCGCUGUGCUGUCCAGGCUGUUCGCAAAGCCUCAAUCCUCCUGCCUCGGCCUCUGGCCCAGCCGGGAUUCCAGACAGCCCCCACCACGCCUGGUGAUCCGACAACCGCAUCCUGAAGGGGAGCCUGCGACGACGGAGCCAUCUUUAUUCAUAAAUGUUUUCUCAGGGCAAAAACGAAUGCCUGCUGGCGGAGCUUUGAGACUUACUGUUACUGUUACUGUUAUUGUUACUGUUUACAACUUCAUAGUAUUAAAUAAUACAGUGAACGCAUUCACUGAUUAAAAUGCA